AUGAUCAUCAGAGGAAGUACCAUUCACCCGUCUGCCACUCACAAGUUUUUAGGUGUCAUUUUAGAUCAAGAACUAAGGUGGAAAGCUUACAUCGCCUACGCCAUCACUAAAGGUACCAAGUAUGCACUGCAAUUACGACGUCUCUCCUCAACCGCUAAUGGGAUGCCAAUGAAACUAACUCGCCAACUCUAUCAAGCAGUCGCCAUCCCAAAAAUGUUAUAUGUGGCAGAUGUAUGGUUUACACCGGCCUAUCACACUGAUGUUCCUUCACAGGACGCCCUUUUCCACCAAGCCUUGAUCGUCAAGACUUGGCUGGUCGCCCUGGAGAAAAGUUCUACUACACUCAGCAGACCUGGACGUGAUGCACAUGUCGCGGAUGACGUAUCGUCCGACGGCGAGCUCAUCGAGAUGAACGAGACCUCCUCGUCCUGUGCCGACAACGAGGAGAGUCUUGCUCCCAUUCCUAACUCCACCCGUCCCAGCUCACGCAUCGUGCAGCUGCACCUCUUGCACAUUCACAAACUCGCGGAGGACAUCGCGGACCCAUGGACCCAUAAGUACAUCCCGCAACUUAUCCCGUCACUUAUCUUCACCUGCACCACCGACGCACUUGAGGAGCCGGACGACAAUGGCCUCUUCGACAAACUUACCCCUUCCCCUUUUCGGCCUUCGCCAGUGCAAACUCACCGCCUUACUGCGCUCACCAGGUUCCUUACAGGUGCCAUGGCCUCUCAAUCCAUCAGGGAGCUCGGAAUAGAGAAGGCGGCCUUCCAUACCACUCGGCCGAGUGCUAUUUUUCAUUAUGAUACUUCUACUUACAAUCUGCACGUUCCCCGAGGCACUUCGCGCCUUCACACCCGUAUGUACGAACUCAAAAAUAUGCGCACCACAGCGCGCAACAUCCUUCAGCAAACUCAUGCAACUCUGACCCCAUUCCAAUCGCAGGAUUGCUCGCAGGAGCAACUCCUGCUCAUCGUUGUCGACGGUGUCCGCUGCAUCCCUGCCAGCGUGAACCGUGCCACCUUCUUUCAUCAACUUUGUCCCUCCGCUAACCCUCUCUUCUCAUACGAAGAAGUCGCAUUCUUGCGAUUGGCCGCAGGACUUUUCCGUUUCUUCAGGUACUUCAUACUCGCGGAUGCUAUUGACGACCUCUUGCAAUGUUCUCUCCCUGACAAGGACAUUAUUUUUAUUUUGUUACAGAACUACCUACUCGACGAUCUCCGUGGUACUAACGUCGUUCCCACUACUAGUACUAAGUUUGUCUUGUCUCUCGCUGAAGCUAAGUACAAUCGGGACUACGAUGCCAAGCGCGUUGGUCCUUACUACUUAGAAUAG